CUUUCCUGCCCAAUGUCCCACCGAGUAGGCUGAGCCACGUGUGUGUAUUAGCUUUUUCGUUAUUUGUCUCUAGACGUCCAGUUUCUUGUGUUUCAUUGAAACACAGAACAGCACCAUGGUGAAGUUAGCAAAGACAGCAAACAAGCAAGCAAUUCAGAAGAAAAAGGCCCCUCCACCCCCAAAAGAAGUGGAGGAGGAAUCUAGUGAAGAGGACAGCAGUGAUGAGGAAGAAGAGACUCCUCCACCUAAGGUAGCGAAGAAAGCAACACCAGCCAAAGCUGCCCCAGUUGUUAAAAAUGGCGCUGCUGCCAAAAAAGCAGAAAGUGAGGAUGAUGAUGACGACGAUGAUGAUGAUUCAGAGGAGUCUGAAGAGGAGGCCCCCCCACCAAAAAAGACCCCUGCAAAAGCAGCACCAGCCAAAGCCAAGGCAGCCCCUGCAAAAGCAGAGGAGUCAGAUGAUGAGGAGGAGGAUGAUGAUGAUGAUGACGAUGAUGAGUCCGAAGAAGAGGCCCCACCACCCAAGAAAGCUGCCAAGCCUGCUGCUAAAACAGCUGCCAAGCCCGCGGUGAAAGCCCAACCUGCAAAGGAGUCCUCUGAUGAUGAUGAUUCAGAAGAAGAGGCCCCACCUCCAAAGAAGGCAACUCCAGCUAAAGCUGCAAAGGCCAAGGCUGCUAAAGAGGAGUCUGAUGAUGAUGACGACGACGAUGAUGAUGACGAUGAAGAUGACUCUGAAGAGGAGAUGGACACCACUCCUGCUCCAACAGCUGCAAAGGCAAAGAAAGCAGGCAUGGUUAAGGCCAAAGAAGAGUCUGAGGAAGAGGAUGAUGAUGAAGAUGACGACGACGAUGAUGAAGAUGACGAAGAUGAAGAAGACGUUGCACCAGUGACUGCUACAAAGAGGAAGGCAGAGAGCAAGGACGCAACUCCUGCCAAGAAGGCAAAGUCAGAAGGCGAAGGGUUCUGUUUAUUUGUUGGCAACUUGAACUCUAAUAAGGACUUUGAAGAAAUCAAAACAUCCCUGAGGAAAUUCUUCUCCAAGAACAGCCUUGAAGUCGCCGAUGUCCGGUUAGGUGGAUCCAAGAGAUUCGGCUAUGUUGACUUUGCAUCUGAGGAGGACAUGCAGAAGGCACUGGAACUCAAUGGCAAGAAGGUCAUGGGUCAGGAGCUGAAGCUGGACAGGGCCCGAAGCAAAGACAGCUCGCAGGAGGGCAAGAAAGAGAGGGAUGCACGGACUCUGUUUGUGAAGAACCUUCCCUUCUCCGCGACGGCUGAUGACCUGAAGGAACUCUUUGAAGACGCAGUUGACGUCAGGUUACCUCAAGGCCAGAAUGGUUCAAACAGAGGCAUUGCCUACAUUGAGUUCAAAACUGAGGCGGAAGCGGAGAAGAUGCUGGAGGAGGCGCAGGGUGCUGAUGUACAGGGAAGGUCCAUCAUGGUUGACUAUGUUGGAGAAAAGAGCCAGAAAGGGGCCAAGGUGGCAGCUUCAGGAGCAGCCAGUAAAACACUUGUAGUGAAUAAUCUGGCCUUCAGUGCCACAGAGGAAGUCCUACAAUCCACAUUUGAGAAGGCUGUCUCCAUAAGGAUUCCACAGAGAGAUGGCAGACCUAAAGGUUUUGCUUUUGUAGAAUUUGAGAGCACAGACGAUGCAAAGGAUGCCUUGGAAAACCUCAACAACACAGACAUUGAAGGUCGGUCGAUCCGACUGGAGUACAGCCAGAGCAGCGGCAGGGGAGAAGGGGGCAGAGGAAACUCAGGUCCAACAAAAACCCUCUUCGUCAAGGGUCUCUCUGAGGACACGACAGAUCAGACCCUUAAGGAUGCGUUUGAGGGCGCCGCAGCAGCCAGGAUAGUCACAGACAGAGACACGGGGUCAUCAAAAGGAUUUGGCUUUGUGGACUUCGACAAUGAGGAGGACUGCAAGGCAGCCAAGGAGGCCAUGGAUGAUGGUGAGAUCGACGGCCACAAGGUGACCCUGGACUACGCCAAGCCCAAGGGUGAAGGCGGCUUCCGUGGAGGUCGCGGCGGCGGCGGAUUUGGUGGUGGUGGAUUUGGCGGCCGCGGUGGAGGAAGAGGAGGUCGUGGUGGUUUCGGAGGCUUCGGCGGUCGCGGUGGUGGCAGAGGAGGAGGACGGGGAGGCCCUCGCGGAGGUGGACGAGGACGUGGUGGCUUUGGAGGUGGAAGAGGUGGUGGUGGAUUUGGAGUCAAACCCCAGGGGAAGAAAAUUAAGUUUGAUGACUAAAUCCUUAGUCUGUUUUACUUUUUGAAUGGACUCUGGUUUCAUCACUUUUCAGAGCUUUUGGACAUUCCAGAAAGCGUCACUGAUAUAUAUUUAACUGUUAAUGGGCAUUUUAGCCCUUUAUUUAGACCCUCAGACCUUUCCCACCCUUCUGUGCCAGACCGGUACUUUUGACCUUCUCAGCUCAAGUGCUACGUGUUAGUACUGAAUGUCCCUAAUGCAAACCUGCACCUCUUGCCCUCAUUAGCGUUCUUGCUUUUCCGAAGGAGUAAAAUGGAAUGGGUCUGGCAAACAAGUUUGCUGUGAAAAAUACGCUCGUCUUUGUCAGAUACAUGUGUAAAUUUAAACAGUUUGUAUGAUUUCAUUUUACCUUUUGUAAAAAAAAAAAAUACACCUGUAUCCAUAUGUUUCGUUUUUAUUUUGUUUAGUUUACUUUAGCUGCCAAGUUUUACUGUAAUGUGCAAAGCAUAUUUUGAUAGAAGAUUUGAGUCAGUGCUCGAGAGUUGGGUGUUGAGAAAUAUGGCACAGAUGAUCUGUCAUGUUUUGUUUGGUGGGGCACAGUCAGUGUCUGAGUCACAGAGGAUGAAAUGCCUCUAAUGUAUGUAACAUAAAAUAUUUGUAGUGCAUUGACUAAUUUUUUUUCCCAUCUGAAAAUCUCAAGAUUUUCACGUGAUUAAAUAAAAUCCUGUAGGUGGUGAUUUUUAAA